CCCUCUCCCUUUGGCAUCUCCUUUCGGAGGCCCUCUCCGCAAAGGAGAGCACACGACAGUUGACAACCAUCGAGUGAGCUACCAGCAUACGAACCGCCCGGCUGGGUUAACUAGGCUGGGUCAAGCCGAGUCCGCUGUUGGUGUGGAGCCUUUUGUUGUGAAUGAGCGUGGCUCAGUGUGUAUUCUAUCAGCUAUUAGGAGUAUAUAGUGGACAGCUGGUUGGUCAAGUAGCUUGCGAGUUGUAUGUGGCGGUGGACAGUGUGCAUCCAACAAUGCGCAUCUUGCUUCAUUCUGUCGGGUAAACGGUCUCCUCCUAACACAAACCACUUGGGUGCCGUUUGUAACAGUCUAGCGUUUUUAUUGUAACAAUCGGUGAGUCAAGUUCGUAUUGGUGAUUCUGGUUUAUGGAAAUACCACAUUUCUUUUGUUAGUCAUUCGUUUGUUUCGUUAAAGCGUCGACUAAUGACGACUCUGCACUAGCAACAUUGUAUCAGCAAGCAGGUGACGGAACACAAAAAAAAACAUAGACAUCAGAGACACGAACGGCGCGGUGUGACUUGUCACGGCCUCCGUGAGUAUCUGUUCCGGUUUGACAAGCGCGUGCUGCAGCCUGAUUUGCGAUAUAAAACGCUGUUGGAAGACGCGCGACAUUCAGCGCGGCACAAGGCGCAUUGCGAUGGUCGAGCCGGGCGAGAAUAUAUUUCUCUUCAUACCAAAUUUGAUCGGAUACGGACGAAUUUUAUUGGCCUUGUUAUCGUUUUACUGGAUGCCAACGGAUUACUCGAGGGCAUUUUGGUGUUACGCGCUAUCGGCGUUCCUCGAUGCAUGGGAUGGCCACGCUGCUCGCUACUUCAGGCAGAGCACUAAGUUCGGGGCCCUACUCGAUCAGUUGACGGAUCGCUGUGGCACGAUGUGUCUACUUGUAACAUUGAGCUAUUUCUAUCCGAAAUACAUGUUCUGCUUUCAGGUCAGCAUGAGCAUCGACAUCGCAUCGCACUGGCUGCAUACACAGGUUUCCCUUAUGAUGGGGAAAACGUCCCAUAAGGACGUCAAAGGAAAUGCCCUUUUGCAUUUCUAUUACACGUCGAAACCAUUCCUCUUCACGAUGUGUGUAGCAAAUGAAGUAUUCUACUUGGCUCUGUAUAUGGUACACUUCGUCGAAGGACCGAAAAUGGGACCGCUUCCAGUGAGCUUUUUCCGUCUCUGCGCCUAUAUUACGUUUCCGUUAGCAAUCCUUAAAAGCGUCCUUGCUCUCAUACAAAUGUAUGAAGCUGCUAAAGAUUGCGGUCGAAUCGAUGAGGAGGAACGAGCUAAAAAUAGAUAAGCAAUGAAUGACCUGACACUCCGCCAGCUGGGCGAUCAGAUCUCCUUGCACAUAGACACUUAUCAGAAGUUGCCGUGGCUCGAUGACAACUUUUCCAUGUCAUAAUAUCUUCUAGAAUCGAUCCAUAUCUACGCCUUUGAUAACUGGCUCCCAAUUGAGGGUUAAAUUCGCCAAAGCAGUUUACAUCUUGUGUCCCUUUAGUUUUCAGUCAAUUGUUUAAUAAGAGCUAUAGAAUAAUGUUCUGUAAACGCUGUCAAUUCUCAAAGCUCGUAUAUACGAUGUAAGAUGAUUAAGCGACAUGGGGGAAAUAAGAAUGAGUUGCCAAUAAUGUCAACAAUGACAUAAAGCUGGUAUUUUAGACAGUAUAGUUCAUAGCACAAAUGAAGAUGUUGCAAACGGUUAGCAGUGACCCUUUACACUGUGAGUGACGGAGGUAUGGAACAUAACCCUCAGACACGGUGCUAGGAGUUCGUGUCGCAGUGACAUAGAUCAUUAAUGGGCCGAAUAAAUGGAUCUAUACAGCAACGCAAUCCUUAACUGUUCAUAUCCUAAUACAAAUCAUAAUACAAUCGCAUUUAGUAUUUUCUGGCGAUCUUCUACCAGAUGCACAUUGUAUCCUAUCUGAUGUACAGGACGAACGCCGCUUUGUUUUUUAAAAAUUUUUUUUUUUUUUGUUCUUAAAACAAACUAUUCAAGUUAUACUGGGCGUACGCAUUUGAGCCAAAUUAACGUUUCUAGUUAGGAUUUUUGUCCUUCCUAAGUGACAGGGUUUUGUUUCUAAGCCAGUUUCGCCCAUUCAUAAUAACAAAUGCAAAAUGAUCAAAUAUUUUACCAGAACAAAGUGAACGCUAAAACGUAUAUUAAACAUAAAUCAUCAUUCCAUCGGAGUUAAGCUGCCGAACCGAUAUUAUUGUUGUUUGAUUUAUUAAUUUGAUUUUAGCUAGUUGAUUUAAAGGAUAUAGUAUUAAUGAUCGUAGGAGAAAAAAUCACUUGAGAUACUUGAAUAACUGCGUAGGAGAUGCUGAGAGAAAUAUGUUCAUUUGGAUGUCGAAAUACGUAAACAUAAAUAAUGACAUAUACUAUAGAGAUGCUUUAGAUCUGCGCAUGCAAAUGACUAUAAUAUACAUAUAAAUAAAUAUAUGACGAUGUAUGGACGGAUCCGUCGUUUGGCUAAAGCCAAGUCAACGAAUCCUAGUGUUCUGAGGUAAAUUUCAGAAUUUUCAGGUUAGUUUGUGCCCGUGUGUAUAUGUUACAUAUAUAUAUACAGAA